GAAAUACCCAGGGAACAGGGCCAUUGGCUUCACCCGAAGAUGCGUAGUUUCCAGGAAGGAGAACAUGUCAUGUGAUCAAAACAAAAAGCCCAUUCUUCCGGGGAAGACAACUAGAGUGUUUUUGAAAGGUGUUUGGCGUGUGCUAGAUGGCUAAUCAGCAGAGGUGGUUGCCACUGUUUUCCGUCUGUCUUCUGCAGUAACAUAGAGAUAUGGCCGUAUGGGAACACUAACCCUAUAAAGGCCUGUUACCAGGGGGGUGAGAAGAGACUGUGUGGAGUGUGUGUUGGGGGGGAUGGAGGAGUUUCCAGUGAGGACGGUGGAAGGGCUGUGUCUAGGCACCAGCUUGGCUAUAUCUGGUUUCUUCUACUACGUCUACAGGAAAAAGAGGAAAACGGUGGACAAGCUCAAUGAUGCACCACAGUUGACUUUGGAUGGGAAACUGGCAGACCUUUUGAACGUGACACCGGGAAAGUGUCUGCAGUAUGUUGUCAUUGAAGGGGCAGUGCAGCCUCUGGGGGAGCCUUUGAGGAGUCAGUUCCAGGAAAGCACUGUGGGGGUGGUGCAGAAACUCAUGCUGAGGGAACACAAGCUGGUGUGGAAUAGCCUGUCUCGCACCUGGACGGACAGUGAGUGUGUGCUGCACCAGAGGGUGAACGCGGUGCCCUUCAGCCUGGUCGGGUCGGACCAGGCCAACGUGAGGGUGCUGUGUCCCCUGGAGGCCUCGGGGCUAGAGAUGGAGAUCAUCCAUGAGAAGUUCCACCAGGCCACCUAUGGUUUUACCGACAUCAUCGGGCAGUACCUCAGUGGAGAGAAGCCCAAAGGCCAGCUGGAGACUGAGGAGAUGCUCAAGGUUGGCGCUACUCUGACAGGUGUAGGCGAGCUCAUCCUGGACACGGACCGGGUGCUGAAGCUCCGCCCGCCCACUGACGGCUCGGAGUACUUCCUCACCACGGCAGACUUUGAGUCCCUGCGGCUGGAGCAGGAGGGCCAAGCGGUGGUCUGGCAGGUCCUGGCCUCUGUGUUCGCCCUGGCCGGGUCCGCCAUCCUCUUCUGGUUGGGCCACCGCUACUACCGCAGCCUGAGGGUCCGCUGGGACCAGGAACGGCUAAGGAGGGAGUUUGAGAGGUUGGGUGCUGGUGGGACGGGGGAAGGGUCUACGGCUGGGGAUACACAAGAGGGGUCUGGGGAGCAGGCACCCUUGGAAAAUGCCUGUGUGAUCUGCCUGACCCAGCCGCGUAGCUGUGUGCUGCUGGAGUGUGGGCACGUGUGCUGCUGCUACAGCUGCUACCAGGCCUUGCCCCAGCCCACCUGCCCCAUAUGCCGGCAGGCCAUCAAGAGGGUGGUGCCCCUCUACCAGGCCUGAUGCCCAGCCUGGGAGUAGAACAGAUGUGUGUUCUCAUGGUUGGUCUAUGUAUGUAUCCCCUGGGGUGUUGUUACCUGUACUCCUAGAAAGACAAGGUCAAGGUGAUAGAAUGGAGACAUUUUAUAAUUGACAUUUUGGCUGACUCUCCACAUAGAGGCAGAAGGAAAGAGCACCAGAAGGACCGAACUCUACUGUGAUGAUAACAGUCACCCUGAAAAUACAACUUUGGAGAGCCGAGGAGAGGCCUAAGCUAGCAAGACAGAGCAGGACAUGCACACACUAGUCCUUAAACCCCCUCACAAUUUCAGAGAGAGACCAACUCUUGAUAGACCAGGCAAACCAUCACUGUACUUAUUACACUGUAAUAAUCACCUGAAUGCUUGUUGGCAUUCUCAACACAAAUAGGCUAGGUGCCGCUACUGUAUUAACAAAAUGUGAAUCUUUGAGGUUUGAAGCACUUGUAUUAUAAAGCUAACAGCUGUUGAGUUUGGUUUUGAAUAGUAAAUACAUGUUUAUAUACUGAACAAAAAUAUAAAUACACAGAUUUUUACUGAGUUACAGUUCAUAUAGAAAUCAGUCAAUUUAAAUCAAUUCUUUAGGCCCUAAUUUAUGGAUUUCACAUGACUGAGCAGGGGCGCAGCCAUGGGUGGGCCUGGACAUAUGCACUUGGGAGCCAGCCCCACCAACUGGGGAGCCAGCCCAUCAGAAUUAUCCCCACACACACACACACACACACACACAAAAUGGCUUUAUUACAGACAUAUUCCUCAGCACACCCCCAGAUGAUCCCCCAGGUGAAGAAGCUGGGUUUGGAGCUCCUGGGCACAUGGACUGUAGUUGAGGCCGGUUGGAAAUACUGUCAAAUUCUCUAAAAUUACGUUGGAGGUGGCUUAUGGUAGAAAGAUGAACAUUCAAUUCUCGGGCAACACCUCUGGUGGGCAUUCCUGAAGUCAGAAUGCCAAUUGCAUGCCCUACCUCAACUUGAAACAUCUGUUGUGUGACAACUGCAUAUUUUAGUGGCCUUUUUAUUGUGCCCGGCACAAGGUGCAUCUGUGUAAUCAUCAUGCUGCUUAAUUAGCUUCUUGAUAUGCCACACCUGUCAGGUAAUGGAUUAUCUUGGCAAGGACAAAUUCUCUUAACAGGGAUGUAAAGCAAAUUUGUGCAUUUGAGAGAGAAAUAAGCUUUUUGUGCAUAUGGAACAUUUCUCUGAGCUUUUAUUUCAGCUCAUGCAACAUGGGAGAAACACUUAACAUGUUAACUUUAUAUUUUUGUUCAGUAUAGAUACUGGGAAUGCAGUUCUCUCAUAAUUAAAGUGUGCAUAUGGAUAGAGAGGUGUUUACGUUUGUAUUACUAUCGCUUGCUUUGUGCCUUAUUUUUCACUCCUGGUGUAAGGAGGGGGGUUGAUCGUUCCACCAAUGUUUGAUUUUUGUUGUAAAGAUUCCUGUCAAAGUGCUUUGACGGGGUGGAAGCUUGUUUUCAACAGGGAGGGGGGUAAUUGAAUGUGAGCUUGAGAACAUUUCUGAAAUAGUUAACAUUUCUAGCCUAUCUAUGGGUAACAGGGUUGGUGUUUUAUGCUCGACCCACUCCAUUUUCCAGCACAAAAUACCAGAAAAGGUGCAAAGAAAACAGUAGUACCAGCUCACCUGGUAUUUACACUAUGAAAUGACUACUAAAUGUUCCAUAAUGAAAGAUGUAUUGAAUUCUCCAUGUGGUUUAAAAUAUUAAAAGGGCAAUUAAUUUAUCAUAA